AUGUCAUUACUCAAUCGUCUUGCCAGCCUGACGCCCGCACUUCCUCCGGGUGUUGUGCUUGCCGGGACCAUGACUCUGCCUGCCUCACUUGGAUUUGUUCCGGUGGCCGUGCAUUUCGAUUUGUUUGGCGCGUUAGUUCGCCAUGGAGGCCCUGGAACAGCCGAGCAAAUCGCUCAGGCAGUCAACGAGGGCAUCCGGGGCCGGGCCAAAGAUGAACCUGAGAUUUCGGACACACUAUACAUCAUGGCUGGGUUGGGCCUAGUCGAGCGUGUGAGAGAAGGCUGCUUCAAUGCGAAUGCCGUUACUCGCCACAUGGUUGAUAUGCCAUCCGCUCAACAUGGCGCAGUGCAUUUUACCACCGAAGGAAUGAUGGCGGGAGCUUUCCUGAUGAAGAAACUCCAGGAUACUAACUUUGCAUAUCCCUUUGCAGAGUGUGAUGGCCCGUUCCAGUAUGCCUAUCGUCUGAUGGGCCAGGAGGAACUAUCGCACCAGCACACGUACUCCAUCAUGGGAGCUCAGGGGCGCAUGGACAGCUUUAACCACUUCAUGGUCGGGAAGUUUCUGAAAUUCGGCACUUUUCCCGAGCGCAUGGCUGCUGCAGGGUACGACCUCGGGGCCGCUCUUGGCAGCCUAGGCGACCCCAACGAUGUUGCGAUGGUGGAUAUUGGGGGUGGGCGUGGCGAGCUAUUGCUCGAAGUCCAGGCGGCGUAUCCCAAUCUCCAGCCACGCAAUCUGGUCGUGCAGGAGUUCAACACUGACAUCGAUGCAGUUCCGGGAGUUCGUCUGAUGGAAUGGAAUUACAAGCUGGCCGCCGAACAGCCCAUUCAAGGAGCCCGUAUCUACUCACUCCAGCACAUCUUGCACAAUCUGCCGGACCUGGAUGCGGUGGCGCUUCUCCAAAAGUUAUCGCGGGCCAUGGAGGCCUCGUCACGGCUUUUGAUUAUUGAAUAUGCCAAAAACUUGACUUAUACUAACUUGCACUCGAGCAUGAUUGCUUUGUUUGGUGGCCGAGAGCGUAGUUCGGCCGAGUGGCGGCAGCUUGCGAGUGUCUGCGGUUUGAGGGUUAGCUUCGAAACCUAUGAACAAGCUGGAGAGUCUCUGGUGGAGAUGCGACGAGUGUGA